GCGUGAUCGAUAACGUAAAGUCUACGUCCUAGACAGAACGUGCUUACGAAUGAAAUUUUCUGUUUGAAGCCGAACACCGAUUCUAUCGCGUUUUGUUUUCAUUGUCCAUACAGAGCAGUUUUCCUUUUGGAGCCGAAUAUUGUACACAUAAGCGGUAAGUAAUGUUUAAAAUCUCCUAUAAAGUAAUCACUCUCUCUCUCUCCCUCUCUAACUGGUUAUAGAUAACUAAACGUUGCAUAGACGUCCUUCUGUAGUACUUCGCAGGUCAAACGGAAGUGGGCUUUUUGCAUUCUAGGCAUGGUUUUGCUCAUAUUUUCAAGCAAGUCUCCUGUUUUAAGAGUAAAGAAACUUAGCAAUACAAUUUGGUAGCAUCAAGGCAUAUAAAAAGGGAAGAAAACUUACUUCCGGUUGACGUGCGUGGCUCAAAAGUUCAAGCUCUCUAAUGGUUUGUCAAAAAUGUUGCAUGUACCCUUUUCCCCUUUCCUUCUCGGUCUUCCCCAAUUUUUCCUUUCCCAUCCCUACACGAUGACUUUUUCCAAACUAUGCCUUCUUUUAAAAUGACCAACAUACAGUACUUCAGCUUCUGUCCGCCUUUUGAUUUUUAAAGUUCUCUAACCAUCGAUCAGUUCCUCCCCUCUCGAUUCGUUCGUUCUGUGUUCCGUCCACAAAAUUCUUAGAAUUUUCCCGUAGCAUUUCAUUUCAUAAGCUUAAAUUCUUGUUAAAACUGUUACUUUUUUUUUCUUUUCACGCGCAGUUGUUAAUAAAUGUAAUCUGAACGGUGCCUUGAUUGAGAGAAGAGGAGGCAGAGGAAGGAAAUUGAAAAGGUAAGACAACUGUUUGUAGACUGCGAGCAGUCUCUUAUUUUAGAGGGGUUUUUGAUCCGAUUUGUAUAGGUAAUAACAUGAUGUUUAGUGAUAUUUGGCAUAAAUACCGCGCGUGAUAUUUCGAAAUUGUUAUAUGUAACGGAGAGUGAAAUUUGAGAGAAUUUGAAAUAUCACGAGUGGUAGUUAUGCCAAAUGUACAAAUUAUGCUAUUGUUUGUUUAUACUACUACCGGCAAAGGUAAUUUUCACGUGUUGGUAUUUUAAAUUAAGCUGAAAUGCCACUGCUCUAAGCCAAUCAAAUUGCAGUUAUUUUUUAUGUAGUAGUAUAAAAAAAUUAUUAAUGUCUACAUACGCACUCAUUCCAUCUUAGAAUAACUCGAUGGGUCUAAGAGAAAAUGCAGACUGCAAGCGGUCUAAACUAUUCUUUUUGGUUAUUUAAAAGAUAACUUUAGAAGCAUCAGUAAAGUUGAAGGGUGAUCUUAUAUACUUGCAUGGUUUCUAGUGUCACCUGAGUUACGAGAGUGCAUGUUCUGUUGGUUGUCAGGUAACGCUCCCUGUCAAGAUGUACCUCAUGAUAACCCCAUCCCUUAAAGGAACUUUGUCAUGCCAUCUACUAUCUUUUUAAAAAGCUAAAACGUUUCUUGCGUCUAUCGAAGUCCAAAAAUUAUUCAGGGCCAUAUUUAGGCAUUGAAACUGUUUCCAGUCUUCUGUUCCCAAGGAUGGCAAGGAUGGACAUGUGACUGAAAGUUUUAAUGCUAUGCCUUCAAAACUCAUGACCAAAAAAGAAAAUAUUAUGAUUGCUAUAAUAGUGCUCCGUGAUGAAAUUUGUUUGAUAGCGUCCUUAACUCUAACUUAGCUCUACAGGAGGAUUUUGUAUAGUGGUAAAGGCAUUGCCAUGAAAUUAAUGACUUCAGCAUAGAAUUGACCUAAAACAGCAAUAUCAUCAUGCCAGCACUUCCUUCCAUCUAAUCAUAUGAUCCUAAAUGCCCUCCGCCCCUUCCCAUUUUUUUCUUUCGAAAUGAAGGCUUGUCUCUAAUUAAUGAAUGCACAGCAAAACAUGAAAAAUGAACGGAGGAUGAAAAGCGAAAGAAGAGGGUGGGGAAGAAAGUUGAACUGCUGUGUCACUGAACCCCUUUUAGCACAUGCCUGCCCAGACUCAGUUCGAAGGCCAAUAUUUAGCGUCUGAAACUGCUUGACAGAGGGGUUGGGGGGUGGAGUAGGGGCUGGCUUUUUCAUUCUUUGUAGCCCAAAAACAAUACCCAGUACACAGAAAACUGCUUAACUAGCAGUUUGGUUUUUCGUCAGAUUUCCCUGGUGCAACCUGGUCAAUCCAAGACCCAGUCAGUUUUCGGGAAAAUCUACUUUUGAGCGUAAAGCAACCAAAUCUGGCCCUCAAGUGCCGAAUCGGCUGAAAAAAUCGGCAAAAGAUGAAUUUUAGUAUUUUUGAUUUAAAGAUGCCCACUAACCACCUUUUCAGAAGUCAUCAAUCAAGAGACCCUCUCUUGGAAGGAUUAAUAGUAGAUAAUAGGCACUAAACUUUCUUUUUUCCUUCCCGUCGAGUGGCUAUAGGAAAAUUAAAGAUGCUUAACUGUAAAUAUUUUUUGUGGUUUGGGUUCAUCUCAGACUGAUCUUUUAAUAACUUAAUGGGGCUAUAUGUGUCAUGCCAUCUUUGUAAUGCAUUAAUCAAAUUCCCCUCCCCCCCCAAAAGGGCCAGGUUUGUUAUUUUAGGCUGGCUUAUAUCUAGAGAUUAAACCUGUCUCCUGUUGUCUGUUGCAACAGAGCACAAGGAUGGACCUUGACUGAAACUUGAAAAACUUGGGCCAAAUUUUUCAAGUUUUAAUGCUAUGCCUGCAAAAUUAAAUCACCAAAAUCAUUAUAAUUACUUCUUCCUGAUGAAAUUUAUUUGAUAUCUUUUUCGUAACUCUACAGGACCUUUUAUAUGUAUUGAGUAAAGGCACUAAUAAUGACUUCAGCACAGAAUUAACUUAAAACGGCAGCCCAUAACCCGGAACGAGCAACUCCCAUACUAGGCCUUAUUGUCAUGGCGUUUGUACAGACCAGUUUAUUUUUAGAAACAUUUUAGGGCAAUUUUUCCCGCGAAAAUAGAAUCUCCAACAUGUCUAUGAGCACAUUCAACGUAUAAGAUAUCAAAAAGGAAAGCUUAACGUUUUUGUUAAAAGGCAACAAAAUAUCAUUUUUAGGUCAGUAGGUUUUGCUGACUGGUUUGUGGAAUUUAAGAUAUUAAAAAUUUGCGUCAAAACCAUUCUAAAAAUAAACAGGCCCAUGAAAACGCCGUGGCACGAGUGCAUGGAAGUUGCUGGGCUCCGGGUUAUGGGCUCCUGCUUAAAAUAUCAUUAUCCUCGUGAAGUAGCCUCUGAAGAUGAAGAUUUAAAAUAUUUAGAACCUGACUUUGUUGUAUUAGAAAAUGUCUUUCCAUACUAAGAGCAAAAGUUGGAAACUGCAUUAGCAGACCUGCCAUAGCCGUCAGGCCUCGGGUGCGAUCGUGAAAAAGGGUCUCUUCAGUCGACCUGUUUUGCAUGCUACACUGCCGGAUUACAUUUUGCCCCUGGCUCAAAUCCUCGUCAGAGUUUCUCAGUUUUAAAAUGCGUAGUUCCGCAACGACGUUUGCGUUAAAGUCGAUCGGAGCAACACGUGUUGUGGUCAGCUGUGCACUUUCCACGUUAUUUCAAAAUUCUUUAUCACAUACGUGUUAUUAUUUAGGCUAUCUGAACAUUUGUGUAUUUUUUCUCUAGGUUAUUCUAGUGAAAUAAAAGUAUUACGCAAAUUCCCUUUAUCCCUGUAAUAUACACGAAGUGUCAGGCAAUGACAUUUAAUUCAUUUGGUAAAUUCUUUGUAUUAAAUUUUUUUAAAACAGGUUUCAAGACUGUUACCCUCCUUCUGUUACCAAAUGGCCUCUAAAGUGUAUUCGGAAGAACAGCUUAACUACUUCCGGGUUUGUUACAUAGCCACUGACAUACUACCCCCAGCUUUACGAUUACUGUUCAAGCAGGAAUGGGACAAUCGUUACAAGACAACAGUUGGUGAAUGGAACGACACGCCUCAAAAUGGCCUGGACUUUAAAAACGGUGAGUCUGCAGAUAAUCAAUCAAGAAAUGCCGAACAGUUACUCACAAUGGUAAAUGGAAACAGGGCGCAGUGGGAUUGUACUAUGCUAUUUUAUGCCAUCCUGCAUUCUGAUUCUAUCAGACCUCGACUGAGUAAACUGAUCAGAAAAAACGUUCAUAAACUCAGAGAGUUUCGAAAUAAAUUCUACGCUCACAGGACAGAAGGUCAGUUCUCAAAUGCAGACUUCAAAACCACCGUGGCAAAAGUGGAGAAAGCAUUUCGAGCUCUUGGCCUAUCUACUGUUGAAAUCCAAACAGUAAGUAAGCAGAAAAGUUUUCCAACCGAUGAGUUGCAAAAUGUGAAGACAAGUAAUCAGAAACUUACUCAAGACCUUGAGACGAAAGAGGCGGAACUUCAAGAGAACAAAGACAGGCUAAAAACUUCUGAAGAACAAAGCAAGGUGUUUGAAGAGCAACUACAGCGCGAAGUAGAGCCAUUUUGCGUCCUUCCACCCAAACCUCCCCAUGUGAUCGCAAAUCGCGAUUUCCACGUUGAGAACGUAACACAGAAGCUGUUAAACUUAAGGAAGGCUAACGAGAACACUUUAAGUUAUUGUUAUAUUUCAGGCAAUCCUGGGAGUGGCAAAUCCCAGCUGGCUGGACUAGUUGGUGAGAAAUACUACAAAGAAGCCAGCAAAGACACAAAUGCUCCGUCAUUUGUAAUGAACUUAAGUGCUGAAAACCCAGAAGCGCUUUUAACAUCAUACCUGUCACUGGCAAGAAAAAUGCACUGCCCCGAGUUUACUAUGAAUACCACCGAAAACUCCAAGGAUCUAAAUGAUGAACGGAAAAUAGCCAUUAUCAAAGAUUUAAUUGCGACAAAAAUUCACCUUUACUCAUCUUGGCUCUUAGUGAUUGACAAUGUCACAAAUCUUCCUUGGAUAGGUCAGUUUCUUCCUGAGCGUGGAAAUGAGCAGUGGGGCAAAGGCCAGCUGCUAAUCACAACGCAAGAUUGUACCUGUAUGCCUCCAGAUAGUUCCUUCACAUCCCACAUCUCCAUAAGCAAAGGCAUGGAGCCUGCUGAUGCUAUUUGCCUUCUAACCGAGCUCUCUGGAAUCACUGACAAUGACAUGGGAAAAAACGUAGCCCACGCAUUGGAUUACCAGCCACUUGCACUAGCCAGCGCAGGAGUGUACGUGAGAAAGGUGCGAAAUACCAAUCCAAACUUCGGCUGGGAGGGGUACUUAGAAAAACUAGAGAAAGGCAAACGUGAACUCACUGAAAAGGAACUUGUCAAUGUAAACAAUAUCUACCCAAACUCUAUGACUUUAGCGACCAAGAUAGCUCUUGAAACGGUAAUGGAUUCUGAUGAAAUAAUGAAGCACGCCUUUACUUUUCUUGCAUUUUGUGCACCAGAGCCAUUGAGGUUAGACGUGUUAACCACUUACGUUGUAAGUGCUGAUGAAGAAUUGGAUGAAGAGGAAAUAGGCAUUCAGAUUCAAGGGUCCUCUUUGUUGCUAAUCGAAAAAGAGGAUGAUGUCAACAUUCGUUUACACAAGGUGGUACACGAUAUUGUCAAGCGUUUAGUUAAAGACCAAAUGGAGGCUAAUGAACGUGCCCGCGUUGCUUGUGUCGCAAUAGGGUCAUGCAGUCAGUAUAUUCAUAAAGCAAUACCAGAGACCCUGCAAAGUCAGGAUUCCGUCGUUGGAAGCAAACACAUUGUUCCACACUUAAAAACUCUAGCUGUAGGAAUUACAAACAUUAUCUCUACUGAAGAGAAAUUCGGUCUCAUCAAAAACACUAUUCUAAAUAUAUACAAUUAUAUAGAUAACUUUGAGACGCUUGCUAACGUUUGCUGGUUACAUAGCGAAUACGUGUCAGCGAUGAAUUUUUCCAGUGUAGCUUUAAAGCUCAUUGAAGACAACACGAUAAGGACAGGGCCUGACCAUGUUGAGCGGUUCGUGCGUAUAUACCAUAUCAUGGGUCUCGUGCAUUGGCAAUUGGGUGACUAUCAACAGGCCAAGGAGUAUUAUGAACGUACCCUGUCAAUACAACUGAAUAUGCUCGGACCCGACCUUGUUGACGUCGCGCUUACGUACCUUGGCAUGGGUAUCCUACAUAGGGUCUUGGGUGACCAUCAUCAGGCCAAGGAGUAUUAUGAACGUGCCUUGUCCAUACAACUGAAUAAGCUUGGAUCCGAUCAUGUUAACGUCGCUUUUACGUACCAUAACAUGGGUAUCCUACAUAGGCACUUGGGUGACCAUCAUCGGGCCAAGGAGUAUUAUGAACGUGCCUUGUCCAUACGAUUGAAUAAGCUUGGAUCCGAUCAUGUUGACGUCGCUCUUACGUACCAUGACAUGGGUAUCCUACAUAGCGACUUGGGUGACCAUCAUCGGGCCAAGGAGUAUUAUGAACGUGCCUUGUCCAUACAAUUGAAUAAGCUUGGAUCCGACCAUGUUGACGUCGCGUCUACGUACCUUGGCAUGGGUAUCCUACAUAGCGACUUGGGUGACCAUCAUCGGGCCAAGGAGUAUUAUGAACGUGCCUUGUCCAUACAACUGAAUAAGCUUGGACCCGACCAUGUAGACGUCGCGGGCACGUACCAUAACAUGGGUAUCCUACAUAAGCACUUGGGUGACCAUCAUCGGGCCAAGGAGUAUUAUGAACGUGCCUUGUCCAUACGAUUGAAUAAGCUUGGAUCCGACCAUGUUGACGUCGCGUCUACGUACCUUGGCAUGGGUAUCCUACAUAGCGACUUGGGUGACCAUCAUCGGGCCAAGGAGUAUUAUGAACGUGCCUUGUCCAUACAACUGAAUAAGCUUGGACCCGACCAUGUAGACGUCGCGGGCACGUACCAUAACAUGGGUAUCCUACAUAAGCACUUGGGUGACCAUCAUCGGGCCAAGGAGUAUUAUGAACGUGCCUUGUCCAUGCAACUGAAUAAGCUUGGAUCCGACCAUGUUUACGUCGCGCGUACGUAUAAUAACAUGGGUAUCCUACAUAGGGACUUGGGUGACCAUCAUCAGGCCAAGGAGUAUUAUGAACGUGCCUUGUCCAUACGAUUGAAUAAGCUUGGAUCCGACCAUGUUGACGUCGCGCUUACGUACCUUGGCAUGGGUAUCCUACAUAGCGACUUGGGUGACCAUCAACAGGCGAAGAAGUAUUAUGAACGUGCCUUGUCCAUACGAUUGAAUAAGCUUGGACCCGACCAUGUUGACGUUACGAAAUUGUCCCGUUUGUUAGCUGAUGUGCAGCGUGUCUUGGAUUCCCAGCAGGAGGCCCCUGAUCAUCAUGACCGUACGCAGUUGAAUCAGCCGCAAAAGCGUGGACCGGAUCAAAUUGAUUUCGAAUUUCCUAAGUGCAAGAGGCGUCGCUAA